AUGCUUAAUUUUUAUGUUUUAAGAUUUUUUUUUAAUAAUUUUCGUUACGAAAAUUUAUCAAAAAAAUUUAUUGAAAAUAUAAUUAAAACUGGUACGUUUUGCAGAACAAUGUUACCCAUUUUUAUUCCUAUAUCUAUUUAUCAAUAUAUAAGACAGAUUGAUAAAGAACGUUAUACAGAAGAAUUAUUUUACGAACAUUCUAAAAGUGAUAAUUUAAAAAGCUUUUAUGAUUCUUCUAUGAAAAAUAAUGAUAAAAAUUGGAGAAUUCAGUAUGAUUUAUAUUUAAUUGAUAAAGAAGUUAACUCUUGA